AAGCCUUGCAAUAAUUUUCAUCAAAAGCCUGUUUUAACUUCUAAUUGUUUCAUUGUAUUUGGUGUUUGGCUUCGAUUGUUUGUGUACAGAGAGAUGUAUGGAGGCGAAUUUGACGGAGCCGCAGCCUUCUCCGGCGGCGGAUUCAUGCCCUCUCAGGCCACCCAGGCCCCCGAUUCCUCCUUCUCGACUUCUAAAAACCGUGAGGGUCGCCCGUUGCUCUCAGUUACUGUGAAGCAGAUACAAGGUGGUAUUGAUGAAUCAAAUUUAUUCAUUGAUGGCGUUGAAGUGAACAAUGUUACACUUGUGGGGAUGGUUUGCAAGAAGGAUGACAAAGUCAGUGAGUACACUUUCUUAGUCGAUGAUGGGACUGGACGGAUUGAAUGCAGCAGAUGGGUUCAAGAAUCCAUAGAUACAGAAGAAAUGGAGGGUGUCUCGGUUGGAAUGUAUGUUCGUGUUCAUGGGCACUUGAGAAGCCUUCAGGGCAAAAGGUUCAUAAAUGCCUUUUCCAUAAGGCCUAUUGCUGACUUCAAUGAGAUCACUGGCCACUUUAUUGAAUGUAUGUACGUCCAUCUCUACAACACUAAGAUACGGGGCUCUGUCACUCAACCCCAGCUGGCAAAUUCAAGAAUGAGCACCCCUAUGAAGGGAUACCAAGCGGUCGCACCUAAUCAGUUUUCUACUUCAUAUGGCAUUGGUUCACUGGACAGCUUAUCUCAGAGUGUCUUAAAUUUGUUGAAGCAUCCAACAUAUCUAGCAAGAGAAGAGGGGGUACACCGUCUUAUGAUUGCUGAGCAAUUAAACACUCCAAUGGAGAAGGUCAUGGAAGCUUUAGAACAUCUUCAAGACAAUGGCUGUGUUUACUCUACCAUUGACAAUGACCAUUACAAGUCAAGUGUUAAUGGCUGAUACUUUUAUAAGGCCUUUAGGGUAAAUCUUGGUUGAAUCAGGUCAUCCUGUAAAUCUGUCUCUUGCUUGGUUUCUUAAUCUCAAGCAUGAUAUAUGAAAUGAAAAUUAAGGCAGGUAAUGGCUUUUUCCGGGAUCUUUUUUUGUGCUGGGACAUUACUCAUGGAUGUUAAAAGAGAAAAAAUAACAGGGCUUUUGUCUAAUAUCUAAGGAAGGUAGAUAAACCUGUAUCGGUGGAUCACAUGUUGCAAUGUUGUGUUUUGUACAUUUUUAAAAUUGGUUUUACGUCAUUUUUACCAUA